UUCUCCUCCUGGUUUAUGGUCACAUUGAGGAUAAAUGCUUCCAGCUUAAGCUUGCCCAGCCCAGCUGUGUCCUUGUCUCUUCCAGCCAGUGGCCCGCUCGUCACCCCAGCUUCACUGACCAUGAGUUUACCGUCUUCAGCUGUUCUGUCCUCAUCUGUAACCGGCCAGCCACCCUUCACUGCAUCUCUGCCUGUCAGCAUGCCAGUUUCUCUGCCAGACUCCUCCAUACCCAUGGAUGCUGACAUUACAGCGGUGUCCCCUGCUCCAGUAGUUCUCCCGACCUCUUCGUCUGGCAUCCCACCUCCUGCCUCAGCCUUGUCGACCGCUCUUCCAUGCGUGGCCUCACCCUUGAUCCCGUCAUCACCCAGUGUUUCACGCACUGCCCCAGCCUCGUUUGGCGCUUGUCAUGUGCCAGUGCUUCCACUGCCCCAAACCAGCAACGCUGACAUGACCGUUUCCUGGAGUGAUUGCGAUCUGUCAGCUCAUUUGUUUGAGCCAUCCACCGAGUCCAUGUCCACAAAUUCUCCCCAGGUGCCUACCAACAGCUUUGUCCAGGGACCUCUCAACAUCUCUUUCCAGGGACCUACCAGCAGCUCUGCCCAGGGACCUUCCAGCAGCUCUGCCCAGGGACCUACCGGCAGCUCUCCCCAGGUACCUACCAGCAGCUUUGUCCAGGGACCUCUCAACAUCUCUUUCCAGGGACUUCCCAGCAGCUCUGCCCUGGGACCUACCAGCAGCCCAGCCAAGGGAACCACCAGCAGCUCUCCUGGGGUGCCUACCAGCACCUCUGUCCAGGGGCCUCUCGGCAUUGUUGUCCAGGGACCCACCAGCAUCCAGGGACCUUCCAAUAGUCUGGACCAGGGACCCAGCGCUACAUGUAGCAGCCCUGCCCAAGAAUUUACCUUCAAGGAUCUGGACUGUCUGGACAACCUGCCUGAGGUAGUAGAAAGCUUAUCCCAGGCACAGAGACAGCAGGCUGCAGAAAUCAAGAGGCAGUUUCAGUUCUUACAGGAAGAAAAGGAGUUACUGAAGGAAGGUAGGUUACAAAUGUCUACCAAUUGUUUUGCAGGGGGAGGGGGGACUUCCAGCAGCUCUGCCCAGGGACCUACCAGCAGCUCUGCCCAGGGACCUACCGGCAGCUCUCCCCAGGUGCCUACCAGCAGCUUUGUCCAGGGACCUCUCAACAUCUCUUUCCAGGGACUUCCCAGCAGCUCUGCCCAGGGACCUACCGGCAGCUCUGCACAGGGACCUACCGGCAGCCUGGCCAAGGGAACCACCAGCAGCUCUAUCCAGGUGCCUACCAGCAGCGCUGUCCAGGGGCCUCUCGGCAUUGUUGUCCAGGGGCCCGUCAGCAGCCUUGUCCAGGGACCCACCAGCAUCCAGGGACCUUCCAACAGUCUGGGCCAGGGACCCAGUGCUACAUGUAGCAGCCCUGCCCAAGAAUUUACCUUCAAGGAUCUGGACUGUCUGGACAACCUGCCUGAGGUAGUGGAAAGCUUAUCCCAGGCACAGAGACAGCAGGCUGCAGAAAUCAAGAGGCAGUUUCAGUUCUUACAGGAAGAAAAGGUAUUUUGA